CGUAGUGACCAGUCUUUCCACUACUACCCCGCCCUUCGACGGCGCCAGACGCACACACGCACUCAUUCACACGAACACACACAGCAUCACCAUCACCACCAGCAUCACCAGCCAGACUGCCGGCCCACCCAGCUCCCACUUUAAAGACAUUACUUCUCACCUACCCGAGUCAAUACAGACGCUAGAGAAGAUACAUCAGCGGAAGCAGCAGCGUACUAAAUCAGCAGGAAAAGUAGAAGGAGAGAGCGAGCUAAGCAGAGAGGAAUCAAGAGGGUAACAACAGACGUAAGACAACAGACGCCUAACUUGACCCGACAGCAAGCAACCAAGCAAGCACGCGAGGAAGCAAAAGUAGAAACAGAGACGUAGCCACUGAAAAAACAAGAACAUCGUACCAGGCGAAGGGAGGAGAAGGAGCAGAAGAUACCUAUAUCUCCAAUCCUUUCCCUUCCCGCCACCCACACAAGCACCAUGGAGGAGGGUCUGGAAUGGGUGGUUCGUGGUUACGGGAAGUCGAGUGUCAAGCUUCUGUAUGUGCGUCGCGAGGGCCAAGUCCACAGCAUUAAGGAGUACGAGGUGGACACUCAGCUCACCCUCGCCUCGGACAAGGACUACCUGGUGGGCGACAACUCGGACGUGGUGGCUACCGACUCCCAGAAGAACACAGUGUACAUCCUCGCCAAACGCUACGGGGUAACAUCCCCUGAGGACUUCGCACUGCUCAUGACUGGGCACUUCCUCGAGAAGUACUCGCAGGUGACCGCCACGAGUGUCGCCGUGAGGGAGUACCCGUGGCAGCGUCAGGUGAUAGAUGGCCGCGCCCACAACCACGCCUUCGUGUUCUGUCCUGAGGUGGAACAUACGUGCACGGUGUCCAGGAAGAGGGGAGAGACACCGGAGAUCUGGACGGGGCUGGAGGGGAUGCGUCUACUCAAGACCACCCAAUCCUCCUUCGUCAACUUCGUGCAAGAUGAGUUCCGUUCCCUGCCAGACCAAGAGGACCGUAUCUUCUCCACUGUGAUCUCCGCUGCCUGGAAGUACACCGACAUCGAGAACAUCGACUUCGGGAAAACCUGGAUCACGGUGAUCAAGGUGAUUAAGGACAAAUUCUCCGGCUCCGCAGAGACCGGCAUCUACUCCCCGAGCGUGCAGAACACCGUCUACAUGAUCAUGAGGGACAUACUCGUGCAGCUACCCGAGGUGUUGCAGGUGCGCGUGACGAUGCCCAACAAGCACUACUUCAACGUGGAUCUCAGCAAGUUCCAGAGCGUGGGCGCCAAGGUCAACAACGAGGUGUUCCUGCCCGUGGACAAGCCCUCGGGCAACAUUACCGGCACCCUGGGCAGGAAGGAUCUGACGAAGGCGAAGCUGUAGGCGAGAGAAUACGGCGGCAGAGAAGGCGGUGGCGACCCCUCCUCCUCCUCCUUCUUCUUUUUCUUCCUCUUCGGUUGCUCUUUUUUGGCGAAGCUGUAGGCGAGAUAAUACGGCGGCGGCGGAGAGGCCAUGGCAGCGGCGACCCUCUUGCUCUUGUUCUUCUUUUUCUUCUUCUUCUCCUUCCUCAUUUGCUCUUUCCUGUGCUUGAUACCCUCUUACCAUCUUCAUCCUCCUGUAUCCUUUUAUUUUAAGACGUUUUCCUUCUUUUCUUUGCUUGUUCGCUUUUCUGAUUCCUUUACCUCCUCUUCCUCACUGUCUUCUUUUUCUCCACCUUUUCUUACUCUUUUCUUCCUCUUUCUUUUCAUCUUGCUCCAUCAUCAUCUCCUCCUUUUGUUCUUCGUUGCGAUCUGGACAUCUUGUUGACUUUUUCAGUCUCUGAGUUCUUAAUUUUUGCCUGCUGCUCUUCCUCUGUAUCUCCUUUUGUUUUGUUGAUCUUCCUCUCUUUCCCUCUUUUACAUAUUAUUCAUUCCCUUUCUCUUUUUUUUUCCUUUUAAUUAGCCUCCUUCACUUUCUCCUCCUCCUUUUCUUCUUCCUCACCCCUUCCCCUAAUCCCCUUUUCAUCACUGUAAUAUUUUUCGAGGUGACCUGAAUAUGACCACAAACAUACCACAUGUCGCUGAACUAACACACUAAUUUGCUAAGUAAACUUAUAUACUAACAAGGUGCUAUAUGAAGAAUACAACACUAAAAAUAAUACAUAAUAAUAACUUGAAUGUCCAUGUGGCAUUCCCCUCCCAGCUUUCUCCCCUGAAUCACUGCCAGAAUACAUGAUGCCUCUUAAAUCUAAAUAAAUAACAACGUUCCCCUCAAAAAAAUAGAACUGGAAUCCCCUUAGUCAAGAUACUUCAAGGGUUUAUGAAUAUCCGGUGUUAAUACUGUCAAUAGUCAAAUAAUUAUGUAACAAGUGGAUUUCAAGGAUUUUUGUUGUUGUUUUGUUGAUAACGACAGAUUACGCCUCAACCUUCCGGAAUGUAAUGUGACAAUUGUUCAUUAAAACAAAGAAAUAAACCAUUGCUUCUUAGCCAGUAUGAAAUUAUAGUCCAUGGCUGGAUAGAUUUUAGGGGUUCCGUGAUCCUGAAGCACGCGCAAAUGUCUCUACAAGUCUCUAAAGUGUUGUAUAUAGAUAGGAUGUAGUGAAGAUAUGAAAAUGGUCGAAUUUUAGAGGAACAUUAGACUAGUGAUGUGCAGAGGAGGGGUCUGUGGCGUUAACAAGAUUUAUAAAAGGGUCAAUCACAUUCAAAAGGUAAAGAACUACUGAACUAAACAUCCUGCCCAUAAUAUCCGGUUGGACUUUGUCGUCUGUGUAGAGUUUGUUUGAGUUUGUGGAGUUUGAUAGCUUGGCCCAUUGAGUUAGUGGCGCCAUUUAUAGCUUCUGCGUAAAGUUAUAUGGAAAUACGGUAUGAGAGAACCUUUAUACAAUGGAAUAAAUAAUAAACGUGCAAUAUUUCGCUC